AUGAAUGGGACUAUUGCACCAGCAUAUAGUUUAACUGGGAGAAGAGAUAAUUAUAACCCUAACCCAGUGCCAGGGCCUGGGGACUACCGAAUAGAGACGGAAUUUUAUAAAUAUUCAAGUAAGCAUAGCUUCCCACAAGCCCCAAAGCUCCAGCUUAAGCAUAAAGAAGUCCCUGGGCCUGGAUCUUAUGAAAUCCCUACCACAAUCGGAAAAGGCCCAGUCGCUGUUUUGAGUGCUAGGACCAGCACUGAGAAAAACAGUCAGUCCCCUGGGCCUGGAGAAUACUCCCCAAGUAUCCAAGAAAAAUUGCCUGCGUUUUCGUUUGGGAUUAAGCCAGAGAGAAAAUCAAGUGAUUCCCCUGGGCCUGGGCAUUAUGAUACAGAAAUUAAAGAAAUUAAGCCUUCUCCACCAAAAACAAAGUAAUUUUUAUACAGAUUUGGAAGCUCAAAAAAAGAACCCGAACAUAUUGUAGGAAAAGACUCACCUGGGCCAGGCCGUUAUGCAUGUUAUUCUGAAUUUGGAAAAACCCCGAAAUAUGGGUUUGGGACAUCUAGACGAGAAAAAGAGUACUCUUCAACGUAUACCCCAGGCCCUGGAGCUUAUGCUCUAAAUGCAAGCUGGAAUGAAGGGCCUAAAGCGGUAUUAAGGGCUAAAAAUUAUUAUUAUAAACCUUCAGAUUCCCCUGGACCUGGAGCGUAUUCUCCUAAAGAUUUUUCUGAUAGUCCUGGGUGGUCUUUAGGAAAAUCAACAAAAGAGCCUGAAUAUUAUAGAAGUUUUACCCCAUCUCCUGGACAAUAUGAAAUAUAUUUUUUUUAUAAAAAAUAAGCCAUUUAAUUUCUAAAAAAAAAUAUAGGCAAUUCUUAUAGAAAAGUAUAAAAAAAUUUUGAUUCACUUCCAAAGUAUAGUUUAGGAAAAAGUUCAAGAAAUGGGCUACAGUCUAAUAUAACACCUGGACCUGGCCAUUACAGCCCUGAAAAAAAUAUAGAUAAAAAGAAAAUAUCUAUUGGGAAAAAAUGAACAUAUGAUUUUAGAUCAGAAUCGCCAGGACCAGGAAAGUAUUCUCCUAAUCAUGUAUUUCUAGAAAAAACAACAGCUGCCGUUUUUGGGACUGAUAAAAAGCUGAGAUGGGAUAAAGAUGAAAGCUUGCCGUCACCUUUUGAGUAUGACAUAAGCUUGAACUCAAGUAAAGGUGGAUUCAGCAUUCCAAAAGCUCCAAAGGAGCCAAAUCUAAAUAAUUUUUCGCCAGGACCCGGGCAUUAUAAUAUAUCCAGUACGCUUGGAAAAGCUGGACUUUCUGCCUUGAAUAAAAAUAAGCCUAUUGUAUAAAGCCAAAAAUUAAUUAUUUUUAUAUUAAAUCUGUUUUACAUCCUAACUCAGAACAGUAUAUUUAA